AAACCGUAUUCCCUAGCCCCUUGCUCGCAUAACAACGAAUACUCGUCGAAACCGGCAUGUGAGGAUAUAUUCACGCCGGUGUGCGUCUUUACUUGCGACGCGCCAUCUAUGUCUUACAAAAGCGAACUGACUUUCGGUGAAACCGCUUAUUACGUACCAUCCGACGAGGAUCAAAUCCAAUUGGAGAUAAUGACGAAUGGACCCGUGGAAGCGACGUUCGAUGUGUACGAGGAUUUCUUGUCCUAUAAGAGUGGCGUGUACCAGAACGUAGAAGGGAGCCAACUUGGAGGUCACGCUGUGAAAAUCUUUGGCUGGGGUUUGGAGAACGACACGCCCUAUUGGAUCGCAGCCAAUUCUUGGGGUGAGGAAUGGGGUGAUAAUGGGUUCUUUAAGAUCCUUCGAGGAGUCGACCAUGUUAAGAUUGAAUCGGAGGUCGUCGCUGGAAUACCGAAAUUGUAACACAUGUUCUUGUAUUGAAUAUGACUAGAAGCUUUACGGUUCUUGUCUACAUGAAAUGUAUUUACUACUAGUCAUUUUAGUUUGUUAUUUAGGUGUCACUUAAAUGAGAAUUAACACUUA